ACAAGAUUGUUAUGGUGGAGACUUUGUAUCAAGAUUAUGAAUGUAAUUUUAAAUUUCUCAGUGGUCUAUAACAAAAGCUUUUAAAAAUGCCUUAAAAUCUAUCUAAAGAUUAUAGCCCCAUCACAAAUUCAUUUAUUUUACCAGCAAGAAUAAUAAAGCUUUACGAAGUGAUAAAUCUGAUCCCCCAUAAAAAAAGAAAAAGAAAAACCACCACACACACACACACAUUACAAAUCCCAACAAAGUCACCCAUUUACUCCGUAAAUGUGAAGAGGAUGUUGCUUGUUUUUCCAUUAAUUCUUGGCAUUUGUUUAGCUCUUUUACAUUUUCAAAGCCUGUGCAAACAUUACUUGAUUUUAGUUUAUUAAGGCCACCCUGAGUGCAAUCUCUGAAUCUUUCUCCUACUCAACCUUCCUGCUCAGCAAUCCCAGACGGAAUUUGUUGAGGGCGCCUGGUAUUCGCAACAAAAAAAAAUUGUUUCAGGGAGGGGGAAAGGCAGAUCUUUUCAGACACAGUUCGCCCACACCCGAUCCGCCUUCGACACUACCCCAUGCCCCCUUAACAGGUGGGAGAAAAGUUUUUCUCAACUUUUCAACUGAGAGAUCCCUCCCAGCGCAGUCCAGGCUCCUCCUCGCCCUCCCUCUUCCCCACGCCCCUUUCAUCUGUUCUAACCAAUUCUGAUCAGAGCUGUGGAGGCAACAGACGCUGCAAUUGGCAGGAGCUGAGGUUCUAUGCCCCGCCUACUGUGUGGUUUGUGAAUGGGGAAGGGGCGGGGCUCCGUGGAAUCCUCAGACAUAUAUGUAUCUUUUUUGUGUUCUACAGGACAAGAGUCGCUCGCUAGAGGAGAGGUUCCAGUGGCUGCUGUAUCCUCGCCACGGACUUUGUCCGCUGCCGAGCGGGACGAAGGCGCGUUUCGGCGGCCCUGCCAACUGAUUAGGAGUCUAGAGGGGAAACUGUCGGAGCUGGAGGGAGGAUCGCGCAGUAAUUGGAUUUUAAAAGUUAUUUAAGCCCCCCAGUAAAAUACACGGAUCAGUCGGGCGAAGUAAUAAUCCGUUUAACUGUAACCUAAAUCCCAGGCUUUAGGGCUGAGCAGCGAGGCGGGGAGCGGAGCCAGUGAGUUGCCGCCGCCACGGGACUUGCUGCGGAGCUGGCGAAAGACUUUGCCUAGGUUUGCGGGUGUUUUGUUUCCCUCCCCCCAGUCCAGGCAUCUCAGGAAACUUCGCGCGUGGGGUGACUCUGGCUGGCCGGGGCUGGGCGGUGGGGACAGACUCUCGCUGCACCCAGGGAAGACGGCAGACUUGAGGCUGGGAUUGAACGAGGAUUCUUCAGCGCCUGGCCAGGGCUCACAGACCUGGUUUAGCAGCGAUCCGUCCGCACCCUCCUCCACCCGUCUGCGCGUGAGCCUCCCCCGCUACAUCGGGGCCCCUGAUGUACCUGCCGCAGCCCGCCGCUCGGCUCUGAAGGGCUCCCCGCACCUCUGCUCUCUCCAGCUGCCGCGGUGAUGUGGGCUGCAGCGGCUGCCUCUCUGGGCCUGGCCGCCCUCCUGGGCGCCCUGCUGGGAGUGCCCGCGGGCUCGGCGGCCCAGCAGUACCACGGCGAGAAGGGCAUCUCGGUGCCGGACCACGGCUUCUGCCAGCCCAUCUCCAUCCCGCUGUGCACCGACAUCGCCUACAACCAGACCAUCCUGCCCAACCUGCUGGGCCACACCAACCAGGAGGACGCCGGGCUGGAGGUGCACCAGUUCUACCCGCUGGUCAAGGUGCAGUGCUCGGCCGAGCUCAAGUUCUUCCUGUGCUCCAUGUACGCGCCGGUGUGCACGGUGCUGGAGCAGGCCAUCCCGCCCUGCCGCUCUCUGUGCGAGCGGGCCCGCCAGGGCUGCGAGGCGCUCAUGAACAAGUUCGGCUUCCAGUGGCCCGAGCGCCUGCGCUGCGAGAACUUCCCCGUGCACGGCGCGGGCGAGAUCUGCGUGGGCCAGAACACCUCGGAGGCCCCCGGCCGAGCAGGGACAGGGGCCGGCGGCCCCACCGCCUACCCCACCCCCUACCUGCCCGGCCUCCUCACCCCGCCGCCGCCCCACGCCGGCUUCGCCUUCUCCUGCCCCCGGCAGCUUCAGGUGCCCCCUUACCUGGGCUACCGCUUCCUGGGGGAGCGGGACUGCGGAGCGCCCUGCGAGCCCGGCCGCCCCCACGGGCUGAUGUACUUCAAGGAGGCGGAGGUGCGGUUCGCCCGGCUGUGGGUGGGCGUCUGGUCGGUGCUGUGCUGCGCCUCCACCCUCUUCACCGUGCUGACCUACCUGGUGGACAUGCGGCGUUUCAGCUACCCGGAGCGGCCCAUCAUCUUCCUCUCGGGCUGCUACUUCAUGGUGGCCGUGGCCCACGUGGCCGGCUUCCUGCUGGAGGAGCGGGCGGUGUGCGUGGAGCGCUUCUCGGAGGAGGGCUACCGCACCGUGGCGCAGGGCACCAAGAAGGAAGGCUGCACCAUCCUCUUCAUGAUCCUCUACUUCUUCGGCAUGGCCAGCUCCAUCUGGUGGGUGAUCCUGUCCCUCACCUGGUUCCUGGCCGCCGGCAUGAAGUGGGGCCACGAGGCCAUCGAGGCCAACUCGCAGUAUUUCCACCUGGCCGCCUGGGCCGUGCCGGCCGUCAAGACCAUCACCAUCCUGGCCAUGGGGCAGGUGGACGGGGACGUGCUGAGCGGGGUCUGCUACGUGGGCCUCUCCAGCGUGGACUCGCUGCGGGGCUUCGUGCUGGCCCCGCUCUUCGUCUAUCUCUUCAUCGGCACCUCCUUCCUGCUGGCCGGCUUCGUCUCCCUCUUCCGCAUCCGCACCAUCAUGAAGCACGACGGCAGCAAGACGGAGAAGCUGGAGAAGCUGAUGGUGAGGAUCGGGGUCUUCAGUGUGCUCUACACCGUGCCCGCCACCAUCGUCCUGGCCUGCUACUUCUACGAGCAGGCCUUCCGCGAGACCUGGGAGAAGACGUGGCUGCUGCAGACCUGCAAAAGCUACGCCGUGCCCUGCCCCGGUCACUUCGCCCCCAUGAGCCCGGACUUCACCGUCUUCAUGAUCAAGUAUCUCAUGACUAUGAUCGUGGGCAUCACCACCGGCUUCUGGAUCUGGUCCGGCAAAACCCUCCAGUCCUGGCGGCGCUUCUACCAUAGGCUCAGCAGCGGCAGCAAAGGGGAGACAGCGGUAUGAUGAGACCUUGCUCCUCUUCCCUGAAGCCGGCUGCUGCUCCUGGAAAAGCCGCGCAGACACCGGAGUGACUCUCAAAGGAUUGGGAGAGGGCUCCCUGGGGUCUCACAACUCUGCCUUGCCGAAGACAAAAUCCUCAGACAGUGACUGGGUGGCUUUCUUGCCAACCAAGUUGAAAAGCACAGAGUAAGUACCCUUCUCAGACUGCUGGUGGGGAGCUCUUCCACUGCAAGAAGUUCCCUUUCUAAAAAAUAAUUACUGGGCAAAAGGUUAAGCUGGAUCGGUUGUGCUGCGACCGAUAUAAAAGUGUGGACCAAUAACUCUUUGAGUCAAGAAGUGGUCCAAUCCUAGUUUACUUCGGUGGGGUCAUACUGCAGCCGAUAUUGGCUUAAUUUCCUGAAUCCUAUUUUACUGUCUUCUCAUUCAAACCCAGAGUAAUCACGUGAGUAUUUUAAAAGAAGCUACCAAUUAUAAUCACGUGCUGUUGAGCUUUCCCAUAUCCUGUCAUAUAGAGGGGGUUGCUUUUAUAUCUAACCAUCACUUAUCAAAGAGAAUCCUAACUGGAGUGCGGGGAACCUUGCUGCUUGGAAGGAGGGAGUUGCUAUUUAAUACCCUAAAGACAGGACUUGUUGCUUUUCAGCCAAACAUUCCCCCCACCCCACCCCUGCCUUUGUUAUAGGAGACAAAGAGGAAACAAAAGUGUUUUUCUCUGUGGAAAGGCAUAAGCAUGAGGCCGGUUUUUAUGGGCAAACUAACAAAAAAGUCGUUAAAAUUCAAACUUGGAUGUGACUAGCACAUGUCGAUAAACAUUCUUUUUAUGAAAAAGGAGGCGGCAGGAUGUUUUCAUACAUGGUUCAAUAUGGGUUUCUGUUCUAGCUAAAAGAAAUGCCAGACUUCUUGUUAAACAUGCUUAAUUCAGAACACCUGACAAAACAGGCUGCAUUAAGAUAUGUAAGAUAAGUAUAUACAAUUUUUCUCUUCCUUCCCAUAAGCCUUAUUUCUUUGCUGUUUAUGUUCGGAUUGCUCUAGGGUACACUAAAAAAGCAAAGUGACUGGAUGGGAGGGAAUAGUUUAGACCAUGAAGUGCCAAUUUGCCUUGUCCUCUAAUUCCCUAAACAGCACAGUAACAAACAAUGGUGCAGUGUUGUUUUUUAAGAUGGAACUGGUCACCUUGUUUUAGGUACUUUCUGAACAGAAGUACAAAGACUUAAGUUCCCAGUGAUCAUAUCUGAAACGUUGUCAGAGAAGGGAAACUGAAUAACAAGAAAUUAAACUUCUCUUCACAGUCAUUCAUAUUCCUUUUGAUAUGUGACCAGUUCCUUAUUCUUUCAAACUCUUCAAUCAUGUUACAUUUGUGUGUUAAAUUGAUAGGUUGACUUUCAUAUUUUUAUUUCUGAAAUACUACUUUUUAGCUUUAUGAUCUAAAGAGUUUUUUUAUUUUUGCCUAAAGACUAAUCAGGGUAUUAAGGAUUUUUAACAAGCCCUGCCCCCUAACUCCCCCCCCCUAAGUCUGUAAUUGCUGCUUAUAAUAAAGAGCAGAUAACUGAAAUGAAAUUUUAAAAGCUGUUCAGGGUGAGGAGAACAGACUACUUUUGUCUAGUGGGCAAUACAGUAGCUUGGGGUGGGGGAGAAGGAAAUAUCCCAUCAGUCAAAUCCUCCAGUACAUCUGAUCCCAAACUCAUAGGAUUUGUUUUGUCUUUUAUGAUGUGCACAUGAAAAAC